AUGUCGACCCAAGCGUUUGAGGUUGCGGUCGGAGAUCUGGUGCCCAAUGGAAGAGCCAUUGGCAGCCGGGAGAUCAAAGUAUCCCCAAUGAGUCACGUACAACGGCUGUUUGUGUUCAGCCUGGCGAUGCUCACGAAGCUCUUUACCAACCUGGAGGCGAUUCCGGGCAUGGGCACGAUGAGCACGGGGUGCUGUUGUGUCUUGGCAGAGAGCCUGGAGUCCUUGUGGCUCUUGUUCGCGGCCCUGGCUUGCGUGGGGCUUAUGCUGGGCCUUUCUACCUGGGGUUACCUCGAGUAUGCUGCUCUGGUGAUAUGUAUGCUGCUGCAGAUCCCGUUGUCUCUCGCCUACUUGGCCCACCGCUGGCUCGUCCAGAGACACCCGGAGAACUGGGUUGUGACAUUGGCCUUUCCGUGCAUCAACACCACCCUUUGGAUCCUGUCUUCCCUGUUCCUUCCCAUCGGCUCUGUUGGAAGCCCUGCCUACGACCUGGCUGGCCAGGCCGUGAUCCUCACACAGUGCGCCGCCUGGUUCGGGCGCAGCGGCCUCACCUUCGUCCUGAGCUGGCUGGCCGCGGCAGGGGCACAUCGCUUCGUCCGGCCCACAUCCAAGAAGGGCUUCAGGAUUGCCCUGGCCACUCUGUUCCUCCUGUGCAUCGCCGGAGGAGCCCGCUUCUAUGCCCCCACGGCGUUCAUGGGACGAGCCUUCGUCCCACCUGGAGGACAGCCUGAUGAGUACUAUCGCAUCAGCUGUCUCAGCAAUGUCAACGACAUGUAUGGUGAGACCCAGAGGCGCCUUGAGGCCGGCGACACCAUUGUUAUGCACAGCGAGCUGGCAACGGCAACCUUUCGUGCUACUUCUGGAGCCUAUCAGGAGGUGCUGGCGAAGCACUACGAGAAGACUCAGAUUCAGGCUUUGAUCGUACUCUGCUUCAGCAAGGAAGGAAGGUCGUGGUACAACUUGGUAACGAAGGAUGGCACCGUCAUGAGCUACGCCAAGAAUCACCCUGUGCCCAUCCUCGAAUCCUCCCUGAAGCCAGGCGACAGCCCGCCGUCAGUGGUUGAGUCUCUCAAAGUCGGCAGAGCAUCCUCGAGAAACAUCUCUGUGACGGGAACCAUCUGCUUUGACACUGACUUUCCUCAAGUCACACGCGCCCUGAGUGCGGCCGACGUGCUCCUGGAAAGCAGCGAGACCUGGAGCAACAUUGGCCGGCAGCAUCUGCACGGUCACCAAUAUGCAGCUUUGGAGAACGGUCAGACAGUGAUAAAGUGCACCCGCCAUGGUUUCAGUGGGGCAAUCAACCCUUACGGGUCCAUCGUCGUCCAGCUGCCUCAAACCACGAGAGCUGUGAUAUCCUUUAUGGUGCCGAGGUUCCCGAAGCUGACAGUUUUCCCAGCAUUGUACACGGCUUUCGACACAGUCAUGGGAGUUUCGGCAUGUUUCUGGCUCGUCUUGGCACUGGUGCCACGACUGAGUAGCCGCUGGUUGGGCGAUGGUCAUCUGUAG